AUGAAGAUCGAAGUCUCCUUCCUGGGCUUCUUGCUCGCAUUCACUGCCAAUGCAGCUCCCACAAUUCAAUCCUCAUCAGCCAAGCAACCAGAUUGUUCUUACCCGAUUGGGAAAACCGGAAUCAAUGCCAAAGUAUCUGGCCGGCUCUUCGAUAUAGAUGGCAAGGUUGAGUACUUUGCUGGCAGCAAUGCAUGGUGGCUUGGUCAUUUGAGCAACAACUCUGACGUUGAUACCACACUUCAACAGGUUGUCAAUACAGGCUACAAGAUCCUUCGCGUCUGGGGAUUCGGAGACGUCAACACAAUCCCAGAUCCAUCAGCAACUGACCCAAACAAGGUCUACUUCCAGAUCCUCAACUCAACAGGCUCAUAUCUCAAUUUCGGUCCGGAUGGCCUGCAACGGUUGGAUUACGUGAUCUCCUCGGCGGAAAAGUAUGGUGUGAAGCUUGUCCUCCCAUUCAUCAACAAUUGGGGCGACUACGGAGGUAUUGCUGCAUAUGGAAACGCAUUUGGGAACAAUGCAACUACCUUCUACACUAACGCAGCUGCCCAGAAAGCAUACAAAGCUUAUAUCAAGACUCUUGUUACUCGAUACUCCAAUUCUUCUGCCAUCUUUGCAUGGGAGCUAUGUAAUGAACCACGCUGUCAUGGAUGCGACACUUCCGUUAUCACGAAUUGGGCAACUGACAUCUCAAGCUACAUCAAAAGUCUGGAUUCCGACCAUAUGGUCACUCUAGGCGAUGAAGGAUGGCUCGCACCUGCUGACGGUUAUGGAGAUGGUUCGUACGCUUAUGGUGGUGGUGAAGGCAUUGACUUUGCCGCAAAUCUAAAGAUCAAGACCUUGGAUUACGGUGUCUUCCAUUUGUAUCCCAAUUCUUGGGGCUACAACUACACUUGGGGCAACGAAUGGAUCCAGCAGCACGACGCAAUUGGGGCAGCGAUUGGAAAACCGGUAAUCCUUGAGGAAUACGGAACUCCAUUUCCGAAUAAUCAUACAGAGACGGAGGGACCGUGGCAGGAGACUGUGGUGAAGAGUGGACUUGCUGCUGAUCAGAUCUGGCAGUUUGGGACUUAUGAUCUGAGUGUGCCAGGAAGUAAUUUGGGGGAUGUGAAUAGUAUCUAUUACAAUGAGACGGAGUACAAGACGCUUGGGUUUGAGCAUGCAAAGAAUAUGUUAGCUAAGGAUGUAAAGUAG